GUCCAAAGAUCGAUCUCAUUUCUUUCGUUCCGAAGUGAUCUGCGGGUCUCUCUUUGCACUUUGCUCCUCUCUUUCUCUCUGUACUGUGGAACGACGAGUCUGAAGCCAGGCUCAGAUCUGCAGAUAUCAAAAUUGAAUUCGUUUCUGCGUUGAUUUACGCUCAGUGUGUUCAAUAGUCAAUAUCUAGUAGGUUUUGCAUCUGCAAUUCGAACGCCAUAAAUAGCUUUUGAUUUUACAUGAUGGGCGUUUGUAUGUAAAGCUGUGAUUUGUGUCGAGACGAGUUUAUGUGGUAGAAAUGGAUUCAGAAGCUGCAGCUUCUAUAAGAGAAAGCUCUGUACGUGAAGCACCAUCACUAUUUACUGCUUCUGGCAUAUCGUCAUGGGCCAGAAGUCUCAGAAGCCCACAGCCCUCGGUUUCGGGGCAAGAAGAGUCACAGACUGGAACUGCCGGGAAGUCAACGUUUGCACGUUUUACCGGUGGAUUGGGAUUGCGGUUAUCUCCGAAAGAUCCUGUGUCUGAUGAGAAUGCUGAGGGCACUUCAACAGCUGCGCAGCCUGGUGUUUUUGGGUCAAUCACCCAAGGGUUGGUUGAUUCGUCGAGGAGCGCGGUUAAGGCUGUGCAGGUCAAGGCUCGACACAUUGUGUCUCAGAAUAAAAGAAGAUACCAGGAAGGGGGGUUUGAUUUGGAUAUGACUUAUAUCACUGAAAACAUUAUUGCCAUGGGAUUUCCUGCUGGCGAUAUGAGCUCUGGGUUUUUUGGAUAUGUUGAGGGGUUCUACCGGAACCACAUGGAAGAAGUAAUCAAGUUUUUUGAGACUCACCACAAGGGAAGAUACAAAGUGUACAAUCUUUGUUCAGAGAGGUUGUAUGAUGCAUCACUAUUUGAGGGAAAGGUUGCAUGUUUUCCAUUUGAUGACCACAACUGCCCUCCCAUUCAACUGAUCAUAUCAUUUUGUCAAAGUGCAUACUCAUGGUUGAAGGAAGACAUUGAGAAUGUGGUUGUUGUUCAUUGUAAAGCUGGUAUGGCAAGGACAGGAUUAAUGAUUUCUAGCCUUCUUCUGUACCUUAAGUUCUUCCCAACAGCUGAGGAGUCUAUUGAUUACUACAACCAGAAAAGAUGUUUGGAUGGAAAGGGGCUAGUUCUUCCAAGCCAGAUUAGAUAUGUCAAAUAUUUCGAGCGGAUCUUAACAUACUCCAAUGGGGAAAAUCAACCUGGGCGCAGGUGCAUGCUUAGGGGAUUUCGACUUCAUAGAUGUCCCUAUUGGAUUAGGCCAUCAAUUACUAUUUCCGACCAUAAUGGUGUUCUCUUCUCUACUAAAAAGCAUCCAAGAACCAAGGAUCUGUCGCCAGAAGAUUUUUGGUUUAGUGCACCAAAGAAAGGGAUCAUGGUCUUUGCUCUACCAGGGGAGCCUGGUUUGACAGAAGUGGCUGGCGACUUCAAAAUCCAUUUUCACGAUCGCCAAGGAGAUUUCUAUUGUUGGUUGAAUACCACAUUGUCAGAAAAUAGAAAAAUCUUAGACACUUCUGAUCUUGAUGGGUUUGACAAGAGGAAAUUGCCUUCUCCUGGAUUCCAAGUCGAGGUUGUGAUGAUAGACUACAAUGGUACCAUUCCAACAAAGACAAGAACUGAGAGUGAGAAUAAGGAGUCAAAUGCGGGCUCGGGGACAGGUCCUGGUCCAAGUGAUGGAGGUGCAGCAACUCCAGACAAAAGUAAAGGUUCUGGAAGUCAAGAUAAAGAUGAUGUUUUCUCCGACAGUGAUGGAGAAGACAAUGAGUCUUCAAAGAAUAGAGAAGCUCGAGCACUUUCUGGAGGGACAGAAACUGCUACUACAGCUGCCAGAGGUCCUCAAACUGGCACCACUCCAGAGCAGAUAGCAUCUGUAACACGUGGUACCGAACAGCUUUCAUUAAGAAGUGAAGGACCCAAACAAGCACCUGCUGCAAACGAAGUAAAGACUGAUGGAGGAAGUGGAACUGGUUUGGGCCUUGACAUUUCAAAAGACUCGACAACAAAUGAUUUCAAAGCAAUCGCAGCCGAUGCUUCUGUUUUUACUUUUGGAGAUGACGAGGACUAUGAAAGUGAAUGAGCCAUUGGCGACAUUGACGGCAGAGAUGGCCACAAAAAAGAUUUGUACAGAAGUUUUUGUUUCGUUAUUGACAUGGUUUCAUAUAUUGGAUCAGUUAACUGAAAUUGUGCUUUCUUUUGGAUUUUGAUACGAACUUGAUCUCAAGGUUUUAUCUUUUACUGAUGUACACAGCUAAGGUUAAAUGUUGGAUUGGGACUUCUUUUUAAUUAUAGGGGAUUGAUAUUGCGUGUUAGCAGCA